CGAGAAGCCCCUUCGUUCAAAACCCUACAGGCUGCCGUAGCCUGUAAUGUUGUAAUUUGGAAACAAAAACCCCUUCAGUUGAACUGAACUGACAUUCGGCAUCUGUUCGUAAUCGUGGCCCGAGCUUUAACAUGGAAGAAGACAAACAUAUGGAAGAGGGAGAAACUGAAAAGGGACUCGAAGUGGCUCCGGCAAUUAUAGCGAGUCACCCGACCCAGAAUUCAGUCUCCGUUGCUGUUGGUUCAGACCUUCGCGUCUUCGAUCUCCGUGGAGAUUGCCCAGUAAAUUUGGUGGAUGAUUCUGGUGGGCCUAUGCACAAUGAUUCUAUACGAGCUAUUCGUUAUGGUGCCAGUGGGAAGCGUUUUGUAUCUGCUGGUGAUGACAAACUUGUCAAGAUUUGGUCUGCUGAGACCUGGCACUGCAUUCAUACAGUGAACUCUGAGAAGAGAGUAACUGCAGUCGCAAUAAGCAAUGAUGAUCUAUAUGUUUGUUUUGCUGACAAAUUUGGAGUGGUUUGGGGUGUGGAUCUGCAUGCUCUCGAUGACAAUCAAACUUUAGUCAAUAUGAAGCCAUCACCAAUGCUUGCACACUACUGUAGCAUAAUCACUAGCCUGGAGUUUUCACCAGAUGGGCGGUUUAUUGUCAGUGCUGAUCGAGAUUUUAAGAUUCGAGUUACUGUGUUCCCUAAGAAGCCUUUAGAUGGAGCUCAUGAGAUACAAAGUUAUUGCCUUGGUCAUACUGAGUUUGUGUCCUGCGUUGCCUUCCUCUGCACUUUGGAUUACCCCCAUGGGCUUCUUCUAUCUGGUAGUGGUGAUUCAACUGUUCGCCUGUGGGAUAUUUCCUCUGGUUCAGUCCUCGACACUUGUGAAGUUGGUGCUAAGGCAGGACUCUUAGAAUCUAAUGGAAGUGAAGAGGACAGUUCUACUGUUACUGAUCUAUGUGUGAUCCCAGGCAGCAUGUUUGUUGCAGUGGCCAUUCAAAGCUUGCAAGGAAUAAUGGUGUUAAGCUGUGACAUAUCUGCUCGAACUCUGUGUGUUGCCAAGGUGGUUUCUAUCCCAGGCGAGAACUUUAUCCCCACAAGUCUGGGUUGUAGCUCUUCUGCAGAACUUUUGUGGAUUGUUACAGGAGUCUCUAAUUUGCGUGGUUUUGACUACCCAUCUUUAGCCCGUGUUAGGGUAAUUUCUGGCUUCAAGAAAGGCAAUCCCGAUUCUUCGAUUGUAUUGGAAGAUAAUGAAAUACCUGGGGGAGAGAAGUUACUUGAAAAGUUGCAGGGAACUAUAUCCAUAGAGGAAAAUGUUUUUUCAGCCGCAGCUGAAGCAGUGAAAACUGCAAUGUCCAAUUUGCUACUGAAGAAGCAGUACCCUUCGGAGAGACGGGAAUUUAGAAAGAGAACCAGAAAUGACAGGAAAAUCAAGAAGUGAAUGGAUUUCAACAUCAUCAAUAUUUAACUGAUUUUUGAAGGUAUGAGUUCCUAAACUAAUUUAUGAUCCUUCCAAUGUUGUAUAAGUAAAUGAGUGUACCAUCUUAGGUACGUACCGUCAAAGAAUAAUUUUGAUGAAAGGAUGCCGCUGUUCAUGUUUCUUUUUCUUUCUAUUUUUUGGUGCAUUUCAUGUUCCAUGAUAGAAAUGAAUAGGGAAAACAAAUACAUGUGGCUGAUUUCCAAUGAUGUUUUCAUAAACUCGUGUAGCCGAUCUUAAACUUUUGGGAUAAAUACUUGGAUGAUGAUGAU